AUGCUCGCAGAUAAUGGAUAUGAGGAUACCUCAGUCCGUGUAAAGGAGAUCGAUAACCCUCCGCCCGCAACGUACGGAAAUUGGCAGGAGUUAGUCCACCCGUUGGGUGGUACAUACUAUCAUCACAAUACAAAGAAUGCGCUCACGCCAAUGAAUCUGAGGCUUUAUCUAGAUUUACACAGUCUCGAGGAUUUUAUCGAUGCGUCGCGAGCUGCUGCGAACGAAGAUAGAUGGACACUUGUCGUUCUUCCAACGAUCUUCAUGGGAGAAGAACGAUUUCAAUACUACUACGUGGUCCCCGACCAUAACAUUAUUGCUUGGCUAGAAGAUUUGAAUGGCGAACUGCUAUUCGGAGAAUGCAUUCAGCCAAGCGAAUGGCGACACAAGAGACUCGAACUCGAGGCUCAAUACUGGAAACACUACGAAUUUUUUCCGCAUCAGUUCCAAAUGGAAACUUCACAAGUGAGACGUAUACGUAGAGAACUUGUUUGCUACAUUGGAGAAGCCACAACUUUGGGCCAAUCCUCUGCCGCUUCGAUAUUCUGGACUUUUGACCAGAUGAAUCAGAUUGGUGCACAUCUGGCCACCAUUGAAGGUCUUGCCGAUAAUGGGAUUGUAGAGGAAACUGGUGUGGUAUUUUGUUGCAGGAUAUCGUACAUCCUACGGCAUCACCAGUUUCUGAACCGCCACAACCAACCUGAAGCUCGACUCAUUCGAACUCAUGCGGUGAGAGAGAAGCACAGGAGGUGUAAACUUCUUGUUUUCAUAGGCAACGCUGCAGCUAUGGUACUAUGCAUGCCGAUCACUAUUGAUCGCAUCAGGAGUACUUCCGUUGAUGGUAUCUUAAACGGGGUAGAAGUUAAUUCAUUCAUCGACGAUUUCAGCAGUCAAGCGAAAGGUCAAAUUACCCUGGCAGGAGUCUCUAUGGCCCUGGAUAUCACCAUCCUUGCCAUUCCGGGUCUAGGCACGACGCAGACUUCACAAACUAUGUGCUCCUGCUCUUUACUCUUAGGUGUGGGUUGUAUCUUCGCGGGCACAAUGGUGCAACACUUUGGCCAAAGAAUGAGAUCCAUGGACUUCGCGUCAUAUUACCUGCGACACAAGACGAAGAUGUUUAUUGUCAUUACAGGCAUACCGACUUCUUUUUGCGUACUGAGUGUGGCGGGUUCCAUUCUUGGGUUUCUCGCGGGUGUCGCCACAGACUUCAAGCCCUCCGCACCGUUGAUGAUUGCAUCUCUUAUUACACUCGGCGUUGUGGUGGGUUCGUUGAUUGUUUUGGUGCUUGCUAGUUAUGGCCCAGGGCCAGCUAGGAUACGACCCCAAUGA